CACGCAAACGAUAAGCUCCAAGAAUCUGUCGGCUUUCCCAGAAUCCUAAGGGUCAGAAAAUAGCCAUGGCAGUCACAGCUUUCAACCCACUGAAGCUUGCAUCUUCGCCUCGAGAUUCGUUUCCUUCAAUCUCCUCUUCAACUUCUUAUUCGGUGUCUCUGAUAAGCUUCGUCCGUAUCAGAAACUCCGUGGGAUCUCCUCUCAAGAAAUGUCUAAAGCAGACGUGUUCUGUUCGAGCCAUGUCUUCUUCGUCAUUCGAAUCGGGGAUGGAGGAGAGCGUGAAGAAAACGGUGAAUGAUAACACAGUCGUUGUUUACUCGAAAACUUGGUGCCCAUACUGUUCUGAAGUGAAGACAUUGUUCAAGAGACUUGGUGUUCAGCCACUGGUGGUUGAGUUGGAUGAACUUGGUCCACAAGGGACACAACUACAGAAGGUACUGGAAACACUUACUGGGCAACGCACUGUUCCUAGUGUGUUCGUCGUGAUCAGGAGGCAAGCACAUUGGUGGCUGCACAGAUACAGUAAACCUGAACAGGAAAGGAGAACUGGAGCUGAUGUUAGCUGAAGCCAACGGUAAAACCGAUCAGACUUGAGGAAAUGAUGGAAACUGGCUUCGGAGAUUUUUUGCAUAUGGAGCUUGGAGGAGUUUUAACCACUUUUCUCUCUCUCUUUUGUAAACAUUGAACCGCGAUUUCUUUUGUCUACACAUUCUAGAACAUCAUUCAAAUAAUACAUAAACAGAGGUAAAGUUGCAGAGA